AUGUCCAACGCAAACGAGAAGUUGCAUCAUGCUAACGAUGUGGGGAAUCCAUCAAGCAAGUUUUCUCGGCAAAGGCCCAAUGUUCCUGAGGUAUCAACAGUCAACCAACCGAGCCUAGCCAAAGUCCUUGCACCAUUCGGCUCAAGCCUUUCAAGCCUUUCAAGCAUAGGCCAGAAUUUAUCGCCAGCAGAAGAACAUGCAAGCGCUUUUCGAGUCGAGUUGACCGCCCCAUCUAAGCCUUACUCGUCAGAAACAACUUCUUCCUCCUCAUCCAGACGAAUUGCCCACAAGGGAACAUCUCAGGAUGCAAGCCCAACUCCACCCAACGUCUUCCAUUCUUUAUCAGGUCCAGAUAAAGUUGCGACCUCCCACACACAAAACGUAGGCCAUUUCCCAUAUUCGCUUGCCGCAAGAGCGUCAACAGAAGGAAGAAGCCUCUCUGAUGAGGUAAUUCCAUUGCAUCGCCGGUUGGCAAAAGUCAAUAGUCCGGCCCACAACCCAGGCAUUGGGAGAGAUGUGAAGGGAUCCGCUGUAGCUUCCCAAGAUACGGUAUUUAGUACAACCAAAGAACUACAGGUAGUACUAUCUGCAACGAAAAAGAGGGGAGCGAAUCAGAAAUUGAAUAUACCUCGCUUGGAGAACACUACUCCCACUCAGGCCGGCAAACAUGACGUGGAUCAACCUGUGAUGACUGGAAGAAAAGCCAAAAUUUCCAAGAAACGAGAAAAGCCUCAUGCUGUCUCUAUUGCCAGGGUUACGAAGCCUAGCCGACGUCCGGGCCAACAGUUUGAGAUGCAAUGGCGUGUCGGUCAAGCUCCCAGGAUUGGACUGCAACAAAGCCAUGAGCAGAUACAAUAUGAGCGUAUUGUAUCUUCAAUAACACGUUACUACUCUGGAAAUUCUGAGGCCCGUUGGAAGACUGCACUGUCUCAGAGUACGGCAAAAUUGGAUCAGAACUUUGAGUCGCUGCGGUACAUGGGGUUGGUAGUCACUGUAGCUGCCCUCGUCACGGCGGGUCGCUCCUUGCAAGCCUAUGAAGCACUGGACAAAAUAAUUCCGACGGCCCGAAAUAUGCUGUUGUCCCAGCACCCGAUGAGCUUCUGGCUUCUUGUUGAUCAGAUCAUGGACACAUCGCACACCGUACUGGGUAAACUGCGUGCAGAAAUUACCAAAAAUCUUGCUAGCCUUGCGAGCAGUCUGCUGGGCCCCUCGCAUCCGUUCACCAUACUCCUCCACACUCGCUUGACAGACGAGCAGAAACGAGUAUUGCGGAUGAAAGCUCAAAUGGUUGUUCAUCAAGAGAUGGUACGUGUCUUUGGCCUAUAUGAGUAUCAGACUUUUAUCCAGUUCGGAUACACUGCACGGACGGUUUUGGAAGGUGGGGACCCAGGAGGAGCCAUCAACAUGAUUAGCCAGAUAAAUGAAGUCCUGGAACGGCAAUAUGGCCUCAACUCCGCCAUGCCGACGCUUGGAAUGAUUGAACAAGCUCGGUAUGAAUUUGUCAGUGGCUCCUCAAGUGUAAUGCUGGAGUGCUUGCUGGCAGAUGCUCUUCGACGCAAUCAUAUACUCUUGACCGGAGGCGCGAACGGACAAGGCCAGACCUUGGAUAAGGCAGAAUCUGCACUCCGGAACGACGGGCUGUUGUUCAUGCGUAUCGGAGCACUGAGAAUGCUCGGACGCGUCCACGUGCGGAGGAGGAAUUUCGGAGCCGCGAUACAUCAUUUCGAGCAGGCCGUGGUGGCUGCUCGACCGCUUCUGAAGCCAGGAUGUAACACCAUCAGAAUGUAUGAGGCCGACCUCGAGAUUGCAAAACUUCUCGAGGUCGAGCAGGCGAUGGGCGUUCUAGGCGCUAGUGAUCCAUCUGAUCGACUUGCGAAUCCAAUGAGUAUUACGCAGUGGGUCCCGGCAGAAGAUAGGAUGUAG